GGUCAAAUGAACCCAUUAACAAAUAUAAAAUUAUCUGAUUUGUGGUAUAAAUAUGUCUAAGUAAGCAAUAUGCAACUUCUAUAAAAAAUGUUUCCUGAUAAACGAUUGGAUCAUGAGUUCAAUUUUAAGCACAUUUUUAAUAGGUUCAAUUAUUUGGUUGUUCAUAUUUCAACUGAUUAAAUAUUUCUAGUACAUAUUUAUAAGGACAUCAUUCGAAAAAUGAACUUUUGUCGUAGUAUAUUUCCUUAGACUAAUGGUGGAUUUUUGUUGCAUUUAAUUCAUUUUAUCCCGGAUUAAAAAUGGCACAAGUUGGUAGCCUAAAUAAUAAUCCUUUCUCGUUUAAUCAUAACCAUAAUCUUAAUCAUGGUAAUUCUAAUUCAUUAUCACAAAUAUUUCAUCUACAACUUCCUGAGUUAAUUACUUCAACACAAAUAAGUCGGUCAGCUGCAUCCAGUGCAUGUCCAUCUGAUGAUUCUGGAAUUGAGAGAACUUUGAAUUUAAGUCCAUCGUCCCCUUUUCCUGAAGAUACCGAUUCAGAUGAUGCUCAAUCAUUUAUCAGUUUUGAUGUCAGGCGUUCAACCAGUCAGUUGCAGAUGCCUCACCAUCCUAUGAAACUGGGCCCUUGUCAUUUCGGCUCUGCUGUUAAUUACGUUGAGUCGGCUAGACUUUCGCCUCCAGGGACUUGUGCGGCAGUGGUCGAAGAUAACUACUAUCCUAUAGCAAGUCCUAGAUCAAAUAAACCUAAAGUUAAAAGUGGGAAUCGUUUUCAAAUCUUAUCAUAUGAACGAGUGACUAGGUUGCACUACGUUUUGUCGAAAACCAUUCCGAUCCACAGCAGAUACCCAGGAUUUCCAACUAUUACGGUCAAACUCCAUGAUUUGCUUAGGGAAGUUCGAGGAAAUCUUAAAGCAGCUGGGAUUCCUAUUCGAAAUAUUCGCCUGAAUGGUGGUGCUGCUUCAUAUAUUAUUGUGUUUAGUCGGGUGACAUUGUAAUGCUUUAUUGAAUUAAGUAUGGAACAAUAAAUGAAGCAUUUCAGUUGAACUCAGUCUUAUAUUGGAGCGAUAGUUAACACUAGACGACUGUACAAACUCAUUCAGGAAGCAUGUAUUGAAAAUUCGGUUAUUAGCUGGACUAUUUCGGAAAAAGACGGAACUAUCGUUCAUUCUCAGUCAAGAUGAUUUUAGAAACGGGUGAAACUUUGAGAAACAGAUCAACUGGCCUUCAGUUAUCCACUAUUUUCAAGUCCUCGGAACUUGUAUUGCAGUUGUGCAAAGAGUUACCACGACAUGGACAAGAAGAUUAUCCCGUCUAUAAUGAUAUAGAUGUUUUGGUCUCUGUUGAUUUAAGUUCAAAUAGUUCAACAAUUCAAAAAGUGAAAUCAGCUGUGUUGGAUGCGUUGAUAAGUUUCUUGCCAGAAGACAGAAUGGUAGAAACCUCUCAGCAGUAUAAUAUUCCCAGUCAACGUCAAAUUAACUCUCAAUUCCAAUCAAUACCUGAAGCAUGUUGUGAUCUCCAGUCUGACGAUAAUGUUCCAACAGUACCAGGAAGUAGUCAAGGAAUGUUACCUAACAGUCCACCUGUAAGAACUAAAAGUCAUUUCAGUUCUACGGAGUUGAGGUAUAUUGAUAAUGUGAAAGUGAACAAUAUUAUGAAUUUGAAUUCUACUGAAUCAGAAUUUGAUAAAACUGUUGAACUUAAACUCAUGGACGAUAUCACACAGAACCAAUGUAGUGUUCAGAUGCUUGGUGUCUCACGUUCCAACAUUGUUGAGUGUUCUUGUGAAAGGCAACCGAAUGUUCCUAAACCGAUAUCUUUCUCUCCUUCAUCCUUUAUAUAUCAUGGGCAGCAAUCUAUCUACAAUACUCAUUCCCCAUACAACACUCUUAAUGUAAACGCUAUGAACAGUAUUCAGAGUUCUGCUUCUACUCCAAAUGGUUCUAGCCAUUCAGAUGGAUUUAGUUUACGCGAGUCGUAUGUGUACAAACAAUUCCGUAAAUUUAGUCAAGAUGAUGAUUGUUGGUCACUUUUAUCCCUUGGUUUUCCUUCUUCCGAUUCAAAAGUAAUUGAAUUCAAAUUUGUUGAUCGUAUGAAACGUCAGUUUGAAUUCACCGUUGAUAGUUUUCAAAUUGUUUUAGACCCUUUGUUAACAUUUUAUGAGUCCAAUUCAGGAAAAUGCAUAACUCCACACUUUUAUCCAACAAUUGUUGCUGAAUCAGUAUCUGGAUCGUUUUCAGAAGCACUUUAUCACUUGGAGAAUAAAUUAAUUGCAACCACUGAACCAGAAAUGAUUCGUGGAGGUGGUCUUUUGAAAUACUGUCGACUUCUAGUUAGUGGAUAUAAACCUGCUGAAGGAGUUGACGUAUAUACACUUGAAAAAUACAUGAGUUCUAGAUUUUUUAUUGAUUUUCAAGAUUUAUCCAGUCAAAAAGUUAAAUUAGAAGCUUUUUUAGCGAAUCAUUUUGCAGAUCAUGAAAUUUCUUCAAAAAUCAAUUAUUUACGCAUUUUAUAUGAAGUUGUAAGUGGUUCCACCAUAUGUCUUAUGUCUCAUGAACAUUUUCAAACUUUAAAUCUUAUUGGAGAAUUGUUACGUUAUCUUAUCUAUUAUUAUUAUUACUAUUUUAAUCGUUCCUCUUUAAGUUUGGAAUGGUUCGCUGAAAAACAAAAUCUUGUUCUAGAUAAAAUUUAUUUUGGUACACAACUUUUUCCUGUAAUUUCAAGAAGUGAAUCUUAUUCAAAAAAUUGUUUUUGUUUUUAUAAGCAUAAUAAAUCAUCAUCUGAUCUUUCUAUGAUUCCUUUGAAUGUUGCAAAAUUUUCAUCAACCAAUUCUAAUUGUAAUUCUACUGAAAUCUCUUCAUCAACAAAGUCUACAUUGGACACAGAUAAUAAUCCUAUUAGUGAUAACAUUAUAAAAGAAAAAACAAGUGAAUUGAAAUCGGAAUUACAUACAGAGUGUGACAAGUCAUCGUCAACUGAUUGAUUAACUGUAUGGGACUAUACUGUUUAAAAGGAGCUUCAAAGAAACUGUGUUUAUAUACUACAUUGAAAUUGUUCUAUUCUAUACAAACUGUUGUUGUCUACAUACUGUUUUGCUUGUUGAUGUGUUCAUGUAUAUGUGUAGGUUCACAUUGAUGUAUGCUUUCAUCAAUUACAGAGUAAUUUUGUAUCAUUUUCUUUUAUUUUACUGUUUGUUCCGUCUUAUUCACAUAUUGUCUGUCGAUAGAAUACAUAAACAUACUUGGUUUCGAACUCAUUCAUACAAUAAUACGCAUUUACUGAUUGUACACAUAUAUGUGAUAAAAAUGCAAGUAAUGUAAUCAGUUUGAUUACCAUAGAUUAUAAUUGUUAUAAUACGAAAUUUAAUUCCACGAAAUAAUGAAUUUAUUGGUGGAAAUAAUGUUUAUCAAAGCCAUGAUUCAUUGCAAACAAGAAAGAAAAAGGAAUAACAUGGAGAAAUAAUACUGGAAAACAAAAAAAAUCAACCCGGUGAUGGGUGUACUGUAAUUAUUUGUCUCUAUAAGUUUGUUUGUGUAUUUCUAUUUGACAUUACCGAAUUGUAUUAAUCCCUAUUUACAUCCUCCUUAUGUUCUUUUUCUUUUGUCUUUCAUCAUUGCUCCUAUAUUGGAUCUUUUUUUCCUGUACAUAAAACUUUGUGGUUGCAUGGGUCUGUGUAUUUAUGUUUAAUAUUCAAUAUUACAAAUAAAAACGGAUGUGUUGUGAAUGGGAAAUUCUUGUUCGCACACACAUACCGCUCUCAGUAUCUGUCACAAAUUUCCAGUCUGUUUGUAUUAAGCUCUGUUUUCUUCCUGAAAGCUCAUCUACUUCAGUAACGAAUACUUUUUUAGUCAUUAUUUUUUUACAGUCACGAAGAUCGUCAAUUAAUUCUUAUGAAUAUGUAUAUUCACCCUUGAAAUAUGACUGGUUUUUGUUCUUUCUUUCACAUUUUCUGUCACCUGCUUAUUAUCAGUAUUCCAGACUAAUUGAAAAGAACUAUUCAAUUUCCGUCUUUAAUCAAUAAAGACAUCAACUCUGAGUCGCUUCAUGUAAUAAUAAUGUAUGAACAUUGAUAAGCAUUCAAGAAUUUCCUUAGUCAUGUAUUAUAGUUAAAAUGCAUCUGUUGUUGUUUCAUGGUUGGUCUAGUUCAUCGUCUUGUUCGUAAUAAUUAUUUCGUACAUUCAGUGUGCCCUUCCUCUACCUUUUUACAUCCAUGUAAGUAUUAAUUUCCAGUGGAUAUCUUAUCAAGAGAAAAGUUAUUUUAACGGUGACAUCUCUAAACAUGAAUGUCCGUGCAAAAUGAUGCAGCUGUUCUCUCCACAUAUGUGGAUUGUACACAUCAAAAACAUUCAUUUGCUUCAACUGGUUCCUGAAACUAUUACUACUAUAAUUACCAUUAUUAUUACUAUUUAUUACAUAACACAUUGUUUUCUGUUUGUAAUUUGUCUAUGAUCUAUUUUGUCCUUGUGGUGGUUAUCAUUCUAAAUCAAUCAAUCGAUCAACAACAACAAAAAACAAACAAACAUUACACAAGAAAACAUUCAUAUUUGUAUUUGUCUAUUGUUUAUUUUUGUGUGUGUAUGUGUUUGUGGUUGAUAUUUCCAGUUAUUGUCAAAAUAAUAAUAAUUAUUAUUGUUACUACUUCUGUUAAUCUACCAUCACUACUACGACUAUUUUGAGUACAUCAGAUUCUUUGAUACUUAUCAUCGAUAUUAUUUGGAAAAAAAUAAAGUGAUCUAUUUGGUUAUUUUCCGAAAUAAAUACAUUCUCCUGUAAAUAGUAAAUAAUUCGAGGUCAUGAUG